GCGAUAUACCUGAAGUCCAUGCAUUACUGGAGGAAUUUGUUUGCCGAAUGUACGGUUUAAAAAAAUAAUAAACGUCAACGAGGCUCGAGUGGCUCUAUUUAUGAAAAAUUAUAAAAUCAAUGAGGGUGAUGAAAUAUUUAAGACAAAUGCAAAAAAGGUCGACGGAGCAAUACUACCACCAUGUAAAGCAGAGCUGCAUAAGCAUUUAAAAAGAACAUCAUAUAUUUCACAUCUUUGGAGUCAUGCUUAUCUCCCACAACCAACAGAAUUUUCUCCCACCGACUAUGGUUGGCAGGAUUUUGGGAACAAGCUGAUAUUUCAAUGGUUCGAUGGAGAUCAACUGCCAAACUCGAUUGACGAUAAAUCAAUAAAUUCCGAAGAAAAUCAAGAUCAAGAAACGAACAGUCAACAGGAAUAUGAUCAAUCGGAUGAAGAGGAUGACGAUGAAAACUAUAUUUUCGAUAAUGAGGAUUUCGGUAUUAUUAUCGAUGAAACCAAUGAUUCCAACAGUUCUUGCGAUUUCGAAUAA